GUCACAUAUUAAGUAUUCAUUCACAUCUCCAUUACCAAGACCUACAACAAAAACCCUAUAGCCUAAUCCUUAUAUAUAUUGCAUCGUUUCAUCACUUGUUCCCUGCACCGAUCACUCCCAUAUGCUUUGAGUUUCUAACCAUUGAAAUGGGAUUAAAAAACAAUAACAAAGUCUUUGUUUUCUCUAUCUUGAUAUUCCUUAUAAUCCCGACUCUAAUAGCCGCCGAAUGCACGUGUGAUGAAGAAGAUUUAGAUAGAGACAAACCCAAAGCUCUUCGUUAUAAGAUAGCAGCUUUAGUAUCAAUAUUAGUUGCAAGUGGAAUUGGUGUUUGUAUUCCACUUCUUGGCAAAGUGAUACCGGCGUUAAGCCCCGAAAAAGAUAUAUUUUUCAUCAUCAAAGCCUUUGCUGCUGGUGUGAUUUUGGCAACCGGUUUCAUUCAUGUGCUUCCUGAUGCUUUUGAGAAUCUUACUUCACCUCGUUUAAAGAAACAUCCUUGGGGUGAUUUUCCAUUCACUGGUUUUGUGGCUAUGUGCACUGCUAUGGGGACUCUUAUGGUUGAUACUUAUGCCACUGCUUAUUUUCAAAACCAUUAUUCCAAAAAGGCACCAGCACAGGUUGAAAAUGAGGUAUCCCCAGAUGUGGAGAAGGAUCAUGAAGGACACAUGGAUGUUCAUACUCAUGCUUCACAUGGUCAUGCACAUCCCCACAUGUCUUCUGUUUCUUCGGGUCCGUCAACAGAACUUCUUCGCCAUAGGGUCAUAACACAGGUAUUGGAGUUGGGAAUUAUUGUUCACUCCGUUAUAAUAGGAAUUUCUCUGGGUGCUUCAGAGAGUCCUAAGACUAUAAGGCCAUUGGUCGCUGCAUUGACUUUUCAUCAGUUCUUUGAAGGCAUGGGACUUGGAAGUUGUAUAACACAGGCAAAUUUCAAGAGUCUAUCAAUUACAAUUAUGGGAUUGUUCUUUGCUUUGACAACUCCAGUAGGAAUUGCAAUUGGCAUAGGGAUCAGUAGUGGUUAUGAUGAGAACAGUCCAACUGCUCUUAUCGUUGAAGGAAUCUUCAAUGCAGCUUCAUCUGGGAUCUUAAUUUACAUGGCACUUGUAGAUCUUCUUGCUGCUGAUUUUAUGAAUCCAAGGAUGCAAAAGAGCGGUAUACUUCGAUUAGGAUGCAAUAUAUCUCUUCUAUUAGGAUCUGGUCUUAUGUCUCUUAUAGCCAAAUGGGCUUAGAUGUUUAUAUAUUUUUUAUUAUAAAUUUUCAUUUCCUUCCAAAAUUUCAUUUAAAGUCGCUUAUGAUCUCCAAAUAUACCUAUAACAUAGACCAAUUGUCGGCGAGUGCAUGAAUAUACACUUCCAUAUCACGUCACAUUUUGGUCCUAUGGACUAUUAGGAAGUUGAGAAAUGACUGCAUAUUUUUGAAUGAGUCAGAUUUAUGUGUAAUUUUGCUUUUUGGAUCACAUAUAUUAUGGCAUUGUUGUGACUAGGUUGAAGUUGGACUAGUGUGUAUAUAAUGAGUAGUGUGUUGACCCUGUACGAUGUAUUUGAAGGCCAUAGUCCCUUUGGCUAGAUGGGUUUGGCAGGGUCUUGGUUAUUGUCUAAUGCUUUUUCUUCUCUUAUGCUUGAUUUUUUGUAUUUGGAUAUCUUAUACUCUUAUCUUAAUAUACUUUAA